UGGCGCAGAACCCGGGUUGUGCUACGCCGCUCCCCUGGAGAAGACGGUCGUGCAGAAUUGGUACAAGGUGGAGGCGAACAUUGAGCGAGGACACGAGUUUGCGAGCAACAUGUCGGUCAUUUUUGCUGGCCUCAUCCGCGAUGCUGAAAAAGCUGUGGACAGUAGCUACAAGAUGUUGAGGAACAUCGGACGAUGGUUCAAGGAUUACCAUUUCGUUGUCUUGGAGAGCGAUUCCUCUGAUGGCACUGCCAUGCAGUUAGAGAAAAUCGCUCGUCGAGAUGCCAAGUUCGAGUUCAAAUCUCUUACCUUGCAGUUGGGCGAUGCGCGGGGGCUGGAACAGUCCCGCAUGAUGCGCAUGGCGACUCUCAGGAACAGGCUGAAGUCGUUCGUCAGCUCUUAUGUCCUCAAGAACCCUGGCUGGGAUUUGGUGGUAUUGUACGAUUUCGAUUUGAAUCUGUUCGGGGAUCAUGCCGUUUUGCCUCACAGUUUCUUCAACACGUUGGGGCGCCCUCUCACUGCAUGGGACAAGUGGGACAUGAUCUGUGCCAACAGCCUCCGUCACCUCAACAAUAACCCGGCAGAGAGGAUCGGUUACCACGAUUGCUUCGCUUACAGAACUAAAGGCCACGAUGAGUUCAACGGAUAUGGCUGCGGAGCCACACUCGCGGCGACCAUGUUUGAUGGAUUCCAUCCCCAGCCAGUGCACUCGUGCUUUGGAGGACUCGCACUUUACAAAGCGGAGCCUUUCAUGAGGUGCAACUACGAUGCAAGCGUGUAUGACUGUGAGCACGUGCCCUUUCAUCGGUGCAUGCGCGAACAUGGCAGCGAAGGCCGCAUGUUCAUGGAUCCUUUGCUGACAACGCUCUACGAUAAGAACAUUCCGCAGAAGUGUGCAGUGAUGACGCCGAGGAACGAGCUGAGACCUGCCGGCCUGCAGCACCUGAAGAUUGACCGGUAG